GGCUCGAGGCCACGGGCAAGAGUGUGCGCGACGUCGCAGGACCCCUCAAUGGCGAGACAAAGAAGCUGCAGAUACUCGGCAACAGUAGGUGGCCUGCUGUAUCGGCUUUGUCAGUCACUGAGACGCCCGAAGUUGACCAAUUCAUCGACCAGACAUCGACUCUGUCCUCGCAGCUAUUGAACGACUCCGCCAACCGGCCGACAGCAAGAACGAUGAGGAGCAGAUCAUACGGAUGGGCCCGGACAAAGCUGGCCUGCCAAACUACCUGGCUUCGAUCAAGCGCCUGAACAAGGCUCUCAGCGACAUGAAGGCGUCCAACCUCCGCUCAACACAACAGACGGUUGCCGAGCUCCAACGACUAGUAAAGCUCGGCAACACGCAGCUCGAGAACUCGUUCGACAAGCUAUUGCGUAACGAAACACCACGAGCGCUGGAACCACUGCAUUUUAUCACGAAAAGCAAGCCAUUUCCCGUUCUCUCGCAAGACAAGUUUGCCAGGCUGGGCCUGAUGAACUCGUUUGUUGCCGGGGUGCAUCAGCAGAGCGGCGGAUCAGGAGCACCCCAGGAGUCGCCAAUUGCAAAGAUCUACAUCGAAAUACGGUCACAAUACCUCUCGUCCGCCUUAGUAAACCUGGCGACUGCCAGCACCAGCACAGCGAAGAAGAAGAACGCCGACGCCGUCUACCGGUCCGGAACGAACGGGAUAGGGACGUAUGCCCAGGCGAUGGAAGGCCUGUUUAUCGCCGAGUACGAAAAUAUCUGCAACAUCUUCACAAGAGAAGACUGGGGUCCGGUCUUCGAGGCGACAUGCCAGCCGUCGCUGGUGGAACUGGGAAGGACCCUGCGGGAGUUGAACGGGCAUAUCAAGGCGCACAUGAACACCGACUGUUACUUGGCCUACGAGAUUGUCGAGAUUAUUUCGGAGCUCUCCAACAACUUGGAACGAAGGACAGGCGAGCUCAAGAAUCCCCUCGCGGCGUCACUAAAGCCGGUUCGCGAGACUGCCAAGUCUUCGCUGCCGGAGCUCCUCGAGGAAACCAAGAGGCGUGUCAACAGCCUACAAACGCUCCCAAUGGACGGCGCACCGGUACCCAUCGUGUCUGAGACGAUGCAACGGCUCCAGACGAUGGUCGAGUUCCUGCGGCCAAUUUCGAGCAUCAUGAUCUCACUCGGCGACGGUGGCUGGAAAUCUACCGCCGCAUCACGGAACGGCACAAGCGACGCCAUCCCCAGCCUCGCCUCCUUCGACAUCGGCGCCGAUGGCAGAGAAAUCUUUGCCCACUACUGCACCGAUACCAUCGAGGCCCUCCUGCUGGCCCUCGACGCCCGCGCGCGCCUCCUCCUCCACAAGAAACCCAUCAUGGGCGUCUUCCUCGCCAACAGCGUGGCCAUCAUCGAGCGCAUGAUCCAAACCUCCGACCUCGCCGGUCUGCUCGAAGGCCGCGGCCUCAGCGUGCUCGAAACGUGGCGCAAGAAGGCCACCAGCCUCUACACAGAAACCGCCAAGGACGUGAGCGUGCAUCUGUUCGACGUGAUCCACACCAGCCGGGGCGUCGGCGGCGGCGGGGGGCGCCCGACCUCUGGGCAAGGCGGCGCCAUGGUGGUCGACUCGGCGUCCAUCCUCAAGGGCCUGUCGUCCAAGGACAAGGAGAACAUCAAGGGCAAGUUUGCCGCCUUCAACGCCAGCUUUGACGACAUGGUGCUCCGCCACAAGGGAUACAGCAUGGAGAGGGAGGUGCGUCAGAUGUUUGCCAAGGACAUGCAGAACAUGAUCGAGCCGCUGUAUAACCGCUUCUGGGACCGGUACCAUGAGGUGGACAAGGGGAAGGGGAAGUAUGUCAAGUACGACAAGGCGGCCAUUGCGCAGAUCUUUUUGACGCUGUAUUAGCCGGGGUAUCUUUCGUGAGGUUUGGGGGUGGUCAGGGUUGAGGGUGAUGGCUGGGAAAAGAGGCAGUGUUGCCUGUCGAGCUCAUGAUUUGCUAUAUUUCUGUGAUGGCUACCAGUUGUUUGCCUGUCAUCUUUCUUUCUCGUUGUCUUGGCUACUGGCUGGUCCUCGAUACCAACUUGGGACAGAGGAUGAUGGCGCCCGGCGUUCUUGCACGGAUUGGAUGGUGGGG